UUGCCUACAUUUCAGGCGAGGCGAGGCGCAUCUCAAACGAGCCUGAACACGCUGAGUACGUUUCCAUUCGUGACUUGUGGUUUGAACCUAUGGGUUGAACCGAACGCAUGUUCGUGACGUCAUCGCGUUAGACCGUUCCCCGGAUGAAACAGAGUUGUUAUGACAACGACGGUAAAGCAGUAAAACGAAAGUACGGUUGCACACACACACCAAACGUUUGUACAUUGUGUUCAUUCAUGGAUGCCGGAGCGAACACGUAUCUCAUUAGACCGAAUUAUAAAGACAAGUUCAAGGCAGGGGUGGCAAAGGAGUGUAUUAGAGAAAUCCUCAGGGAACAGCUGUAUGGAGUGCAGUAUAAUCCAGAGGAGGUUCCCACAUUAUCAAGAUCUUUAGCAGACUCGAUUAAAAACAAGCUGAAAGAUGUGGGCUUUGACAGAUACAAGCUCAUUGUGCAAGUGGUUGUUGGAGAGCAGCGUGGGGAGGGAGUCAAGAUGGCUGCACGCUGCUUCUGGGAUGCAGAUACAGACAGCUAUGCUCAAGAUAUAUACAUGAACGACAGCUUGUUCUGUGUGGCUGCAGCAUUCGGUGUGUAUUAUUACUGAAGACAAACAGAAGAUGUGCUGAGGACCAAAUAUUUUGUAGGGGAGUAUUUUUGUGAUAUUUAUUUAAACCAUCACAUUCAGUUUUAAUAUCAGUCGCAUUCAUGUUUAUUGGUCUGUAUACCUCUCUGUAUGAUAUUUUUUUCCUGAUAUUACUGUCUGAAUGCUGAAAAUGUUCAUAUUAUUAUUAUUAUUAUUAUAUUAUUAUCAUUUAACAAAAUAUUACAGCAAUAGCUUUGACAUGUCUGGAUUGAAGGCACAUAAUUCCAUUUCUGAAUGCCGCCUUAAUGAAAAUAACUACAUUAAAUUGGUUAAAUGUGAAAGGGCCCCCCUACUGAUUGUUUAUGGAAUUUACAAGAGUCAGUUGAUCCACUUUUAUCCUGGAAAUGGUGAAUUACAUUGAAAAUAUUUCACAUGCUCACCAGCUAGGACUUUCUUGGUAGCUAGAGAGUGCUUUUUUGAAAGGAUUCCUAAAUGACCCCUGACCCUGCAAGGAUUACCGUUUUAUUUUGUUGUUAUGUGUGUCAGUAAAGUAAAGUUUUUCAGGCAA